AGUGACUUCUAAUUGUGACUGCAGUGUGCUUUGAGAAAUCGGCCACCAGGGCCACGGAGCUGCUGUUGGUGAGGUGUGUCAGAGACAGUGGAAGCUUCUGAGACCAGAAGUACUUCAGGUCUGCAUACUCUGACUUCGCGCUGCCUGCCAGGAUGGGGAAACAGAACAGCAAGCUGCGGCCCGAGGUCAUGCAGGACUUGCUAGAGAGCACAGACUUCACAGAGCACGAAAUCCAGGAGUGGUACAAAGGCUUCCUGAGAGACUGCCCCAGUGGCCACUUGUCCAUGGAAGAGUUUAAGAAAAUCUAUGGGAACUUUUUCCCGUAUGGGGAUGCUUCCAAGUUUGCAGAGCAUGUCUUCCGCACCUUUGAUGCCAACGGCGAUGGGACGAUAGACUUUAGAGAAUUUAUCAUCGCCCUGAGUGUGACCUCUCGGGGCAAGCUGGAGCAGAAGCUGAAGUGGGCCUUCAGCAUGUACGACCUGGAUGGCAAUGGCUACAUCAGCAAGGCAGAGAUGUUGGAGAUUGUUCAGGCGAUCUAUAAGAUGGUUUCCUCUGUCAUGAAAAUGCCUGAAGAUGAGUCAACCCCAGAGAAAAGGACUGAAAAAAUAUUCCGCCAAAUGGACACCAACAGAGAUGGGAAAUUGUCGCUGGAGGAGUUUAUACGCGGGGCCAAGAGUGACCCGUCCAUCGUGCGCCUGCUCCAGUGUGACCCCAGCAGUGCCGGCCAGUUCUGAGCCCUCUUUCCCCGCAAAACCUACCCCAUCAUCA